AUUAUUGUAAUUGAAUUCCACUACUUGCCACCGCUUCUGAAAUGAUACCCAACAGAUAACAGUUCCCUUCUCUUAAAUUCUGACAACCCAACAUAGCUGCGCUUCCAGCCACCUCUCCUAACACUUUUUCUCAUACACGUCUAUAUCUAAAGUCUAUACCGAGAGAGAGAGAGCGCUUCAAAUUUGCUACCUUCUUCUUCUUCUUCUUCAGGAAAAUCACACGCAUACAGCUUGGAGUGAAAAAUGGCGAUUAUAAACAGUAGGGUUAGUGUCCAUUCAAUGUUAACAGCAGUCUCCAGCAAGCCAGUCGGGCCGGGUCAGACCCAUCCAUUAUCAGCGCUUGACCAUGCAAUGGCUCUCCAUACAUUACACUUGGUUUUUUACUACAAGAAAAACCCAUUUGGGAUUUUUGACGUGGACCCUUUAAGGGUGUCUUUGUCGGAGGUUCUUUCUUUGUAUCCACAAGUUACGGGUCGGUUGACCCGAGGGGAGUCGGGUAAUUGGGAAGUAAAGUGUAAUGAUGCUGGUGUUAGAAUUGUGAGGGCAAAUGUUGGAGUCACAAUUGAUGAAUGGUUGAGAUCAGCUGAUGUCUCGGAGGAGAAAGAUCUCGCGGUUUGGGAGGAAAUGCCUGAGGAUCCUAGUACAUGGUCACCCUUUCGUAUCCAGGUAACCGAAUUUGAAGGAGGAGGUGUAGCCUUUGGACUAAGUUGUACACACAUGAAUGCAGACCCAACUUCACUAACUCUACUCUUCAAAUCCUGGAUUGAGAGUCACCGCCAGGAGCCGAUUGAGCAUCCCCCCCUGUUCAAUUCAACCCCGCCCCAUCACCAACAAGUUCCUGAUACUAGCGGUAAAUCAACCAAUUACUAUGCAAAUAAGGCCAAUGCACGAACUCCCUUGGUGAAAAUGGUCACAGCUACGUUCAGGUUCUCUAAUUCAGCGAUCAAUAAAUGCCUUAAUGAAGUGCAUGAUCAAUGUCCUGAAGCCACCCCAUUUGAUUUGCUAGCCGCACUCUUCUGGACACGGCUUGUGCUUCUAAAGGCUCCAAAACAUGACAACAAAUGUUCCCUCUCAGUUUGUCUAGACUUUAGAAGGCUCGUGCAGCCACCAAUCCCUCUUGGUUACUUUGGAAAUGCAUUGCAUUUCGCAAUGAUAACAGUAACUGAAGAAGAAAUGGAUAACGGUAAGUUAGGACAUAUGGUUGAGUUGGUGCAUCGCCAUGUGUCGGGUGUCGGGGAAGAGGAGAUUUGGGAUGCUGUAGAUUGGCUUGAAUCACGGAAGGAAGAGGGAGGGAAGCAUGCUCCACCUUUUCGAAUGUAUGGUCCUGAGCUAACUUGUGUUAGCAUGGAGCACAUGAUCAUAGGGAAUAAAUCGUUGAUGUCAUCUGCGAGUUUUAAGAGUGAUGAAAAGCCGGUUCAUGUGGCAUGUCAUUUUGACAAUGUGGUGGGUGAAGGUCUGAUUGUGGUGAUGCCUUCAAUAAACGAAGACCUUGCAAGGACAGUGAUUGUGACCUUGCCGGAGGAGGAGAUGCCUCAAUUAUGCGAGGAUCAAGCUAUCCAGCGUCUACAGCCAACAAUGCUGAUGAGUGGUAGAUAGUAAGCUUAUGUAGAGCAAGGACAGCAUAGCCUGAGUCUUUUGCUUUCCAUGCAUCAUCUUUAUUUUAAGUCCUUAACCGUUGGGGGCGGCGGCGGCGGAAGAA